AUGCACGAUUGUCGAGCCGUACUCAACUGGAGAGACACUAUCACUGCUCCUUCGACCGUCGGCGGCUCGUCUUCGCCGCCGACCACCCUUUCGUUCAUCUCGCUGCUCAACAUCGUCCUGGCGACAGGGCUACAGUACCUGGCUGACAACGACACGAUCUACGUAAGUCGCUUCACGGCCGAUUAUCGCGUCCUAGAGUCGUCCUUGCGUUUGCAUUCGAAGAUGGCGAGCGACCUCAGCGAGGCCGAGGAGCCACCCGAUUUGAAUCGCGUCGAGGCGAUCAUGCUACAAGCCCUCUACUUCCAGAAUUGCAGUGAGUCACGGAUGCUGAUCGAUGGACCCGACAGCCGUUUUUUUCCAUCCGUCCGUGUGACUGGAUCUGACGGCCGUUGCUUUCACCAGGCCGGCCCAAUAUCGCGCACAAUCUCGCCUCGCUCGGGGUUCGCACGGCUCAAGCUUUGGUGAGCUUUGCCGAGAUUCUGGUCAGCAUUUGUUGUCAUGAGAAGGAGUUCUCACCAGCGUUUCCAACUUCAGGGGAUGCACCGUGAGCCCUCCCGGAGUCAGAGCUUGCUGCCAUACGAGGCCGAGUUGCGCAGGCGAUGUGAGCUUCUUGAAGGGUUGUGGCGGACGCAUUCAGAAACUGACACAGCUCGAAGUUUUUGCCUUUCGUACUUGCUUCUAGUGUGGUGGAGCAUAUACUGUCAUGAUCGACGCAACAGCAUCGCGCUAGGACGACCGUAUAGUAAGGCGCAAGGCGCUAUCACUGGCCGAUUCCUGCUUCUUACGACUUACGCCCUGAGACUCUUUCUCCGCAGUCAUUCACGAUCGACACUGCGACGUCAAUAUGACGGCGAACGCCGAUCUCGAUGGACUGAGUCCAUUGGAUCCAGCUCCAAUCCGAUCACGACCUCUGACGGAGUACACAAAAGCCUCGGUUGAAAUUUUUGCCAUCGAACUCUGUCGGCUCGGCGGAGGCAUUACGGACUAUAUGCAGUCGUCUCGGCCCCACACUUAUACCGACAUUCUCGCCCUCGACGACAUGUUCGUCGCCUUCGAAUCGAACCUGCCCCCUCACUUUGACAUGAGCCAGCACGUUACCCCUGUCAAACAAGAAGGGGCUUUCCUCAACUUCAGUAUCCUCACAUAUCGCAUUCAGAUGCAUCGUCGGUAUCUGCUCAGGAGGGUCCCCGAAUUGCCGGCACCGGAUCCGACCGCUCAGUCCCGUCGGCUGGCUGUCCAGUGUGAGUCACGCAGCUUGACAGCUCGAUCAACUCGUCGUUGCAUUUAUCGACGAGCCAAACUGAUCCGAAAACUCUUUCUGGAUAUUCAAAGUGUCUCAACGACUGAUUGAGACACUUGUAGGGUCUCUUAGCAAGCUUACUCGCGAGCAAAUGCGCUACUUCACCGUGCCUUUCCAUGUGUUUGAAGGCGCGGCGACGCUCGCGAUCGCAACCUUGCAAACGCCAUCAGAUCAAGCCUUCGUUGAAUUGAACGAUCGCUGGAUCGUUGAUGCUCGCGAUGCACUGAUUCAAAUGGGCGACGACAACGUGACCGCUUCCGAGGCCGCACUCUGCCUUGACGCGCUGCGCCAUAAAAUUUCAACGAUCGUUCCGCCGCGCACUCGACUCGCGCCAGUUCAUCCUCCACGAGAUCCAAUUGGUGCAACGAUCACCAAGCACUCGGGUUUCACCUCAACCUACUCGAAUGGUCGGCACGCCUCGGUUUCUUCGACCUCGUCGACGAAUUCUAGGCUCGGCAGUGGGCUCGGCUCGCAUCCACCAGUCCACUCUGACCAAGUGAUGUCGAGUCAGUCCCGCGCCGCAACGGGUGCGGAUGUCACAUCCGAGUACGACGAAUGGUGGUUGAAGCCUGAGGGAGGGGAACUGGUGUGGCCUCUCGGUCAAGGCGCGCUCGAAUUUAACCAAAGAGACUAUUGGACGCACUUGUUGGAACGUAUUGACACACUCAUGCCCCCGAAGCCAUCAGUAUUUUCAUUGUGA